AUGGAAUUUAACAAGAAAUAUCCCAUCAUUUGCAGCAGAAGAUCAAUUGCAAAGACGAUAAAGAAUGCCAUUAGGAUCUGUGAGGCAAAUCGUGAAUGUCCAAACUGUCACCGCCUUAUACUUAACAGUGAUCCUUCGCCUCAAUGGUCCAACCUUCCAAUCGGAGUGAAGUUCGAUCCGUCGGACGCUGAGCUUUUAAAGCAUUUAGCGGCAAAAUGCGGCGUUGGAGGCUCGACAGCACACCCGUUUAUCGAUGAUUUUAUCCCUACGCUUGAGGAGGAUCAGGGAAUUUGCUACACUCAUCCUGAGAAUCUUCCUGGUGCAAAGAAAGACGGAAGCAGUAUUCACUUCUUUCAUCGGACGAUCAAUGCUUACGGUACCGGUCGACGAAAGCGUCGGAGAAUCCAAAGCCAAUAUAGCAUCACCGAGGAGUAUCGUUGGCAUAAGACCGGAAAGACCAAACCUGUCAUAGAGAACGGAGUUCACCGGGGCUGGAAGAAGAUCAUGGUCCUCUAUAAACGUUCGAAGCGAGUUCGUAAACCCGAGAAGUCGAAUUGGGUGAUGCAUCAGUACCAUUUAGGGGCUGAAGAAGAAGAGCAUGAUGGUGAAUAUGUGGUUUCUAGAAUCUCAUAUCGACAUCCAAAACAAACUAAGAUGAGCGAUGAUAGAAUAAGCAUUGAAGAGCCGGCCGAUAACUCGAGAAUUCGAGCUUGUACUCCGACGACCCCGAAAACGAUUACUACGAAUCGAUCUUGGCCUGGAGGAUUAAGGAUGUAUGAAGAUGACAUUGAUGAAGACAUGCACCAGGUACAGGCUGCUGCGAAUUCGGAAAUGAAUCGUUCCGAUAAUUCAGUCCGUGCUCCCGGCACGACGGAGGCGUCGACCGGAAAUAACAAUACGUGUACCUGCGGAAUUUCCGAGCUUGAGGACUUGGAAUUUAGUUCUUUGGAAAACAUAUUUUCCUG